UCUUAUCUGCUCCUCCUGCGCGUGCAGCGUCAGUUGGUCUCCUACUGAUGGACGGAGGAGCUCUGGGCCGUGCGCAGCCAUGAGCGUGCCGCUUUACGCCCCGACCCCGCUCCAGGCCCCGCAGCCGACCCCAUUCUUCAUCGAGGACAUCCUGGGGAGGAGCGGCGCCUCCUCCGCCGCCCCCGUCGCUCCCACACCGACUCUGCCGUCGCCCAACUCCUCCUUCAGCCGCCUGCUGCCGCCGUACCGAACUCCGAUCUACGAGCCCACCCCGAUCCACCCGGUGCUGUCUCUGACGGGAUCCGUGUUCCCUUUCCACCACAACCCGCGCUCCGUGGGCGAGUACGCGCACGCGCUGCUGAGACACGAUCCUCUGGGUAAACCAGUGCUGUGGACACCCUUCAUCCAGCGACCUCUGCACAAACGAAAGGGCGGUCAGGUCCGCUUCUCCAAUGAGCAGACCAUGGAACUGGAGAAGAAGUUUGACAUGCAGAAAUACCUUUCACCUCCGGAGAGGAAGCGGCUGGCCAAACUGCUGCAGCUCAGUGAGAGACAGGUUAAAACGUGGUUCCAGAACCGCAGAGCGAAGUGGCGCAGACUCAAACAGGAAAACCCUCAGGGCGGGAAGAGGGAGGACGAGACCACCGAACUGUCCCCGGCCCAUAACCAGCAGAGACAGACGGGAUCGUCCGCCGAACCGGCUCCGACUGCCCGCUGUGCGCGAUCCGCGUGCACACCGCGCGCCAGCACAGAACCGGACUCCAGCGUGUCUGAGGACUCGGACCAGGAGCUGGACAUCGAAGCCGACGAGUUCUCCUAAAAACACUACAGAGCCGCGCACUCCCGAACCAGAACCUCCCGGAACACGUGCUUUUUUUUCUCUUCUAAUCAAUCAUUUACCUUAUUGUGUGUAAAGUGAUCAAUAAAGUAUUUUGUGAUAAUA